UUCAGCUGGAGAGAGGGACUGUGGGGAGGCUCCUGUGGCAGCAUUGAGCAGGAAAGCUUGGAAGAGGAAGAAUUUGGAGUUGUGACACCGCUUCUGCUGCUCUCAAGCCAAAAAUAAACCUGAAACGAUUUCACAAGCAAAACUUCUCCAUAUCUCACAUUGCAGGCAACUGGGCUGCCUCAGAGUCCCAAACUUUCCCUACCCCACUUCCCCUAGGCUCAGUUCCUCAUCUGUCCCCUGGCUUUACAGGCACCUGAGGAUCCUACAAAGAGACUCUGACGGACCUCUGCCUAGGAAAGAGCCGAGGACAACAAUGAAGGCCAGACCAUACUGUGUGGUAGUGGUCCUACUGCUGCUGACAGGGCUUUCCGAGUUUGGAGAAGGGACUUCUAAUCCUGGGCUCACGACUAGAAUCACCAAGAAAAGCCUGAAAUAUGCCAUACAAUAUGCAGUCACCACCCUGAAGAAGGAGCUGUCCACCAUCAGGUUGCCUGAUAUAUCAGGAAGUUCUGAGAUCAGUUGGGUUGGAUGGGUGAGCUAUGAUUUUUACAGCCUGAAGAUCUAUCACUUUAAUCUCCAGAACUGGGAUCUGAGUCUACUUCCAGAGCUGGGCAUAAGAGUUUCUUUGUCCAGUAACUACAUGUCUAUAGGUGGGAAUUGGAAGGUGAACAAGGCAUUCAUCACCCUACAGGGCACCUUUGAUAUGAAGGUAUAUGGCAUUUCUAUCUCAGUUUCUCUGAACUUGGGCAAGGAUCAGUCUGGACACCCCACUUCCUUGGUGACCCAGUGCAGCAACUCCAUUGGCCACGUCAGCAUUGACAUUUCUGGAAGCUUAAGCUGGAUCCUAAACCUCUUCCAUGAAAUAAUCGAAAACAAUAUCAAAAUGGUCUUGGAACAAAAGAUCUGCGAAAUGGUCAGGAAGUCCACCACUUCCUACCUGGAGCCCUAUCUCAGGACUCUGCCAGAACUUCUUGCUCUUAGGAGCCAAUAUCAAUUAGGCUGAGGAUGGAGCAAGACCUUGUGGAGAACCAAGGCUGCAGCCUCUUCUCCCAUAAGCUCUCUGCCCCAUGGACAUUAGUCACCAAGGAACCUGUGACAUCUGGACACCUGGCCACAGCACUUUACCAAACUUCGUCCUUCUUCUUUAUAGUUGUCCUCAGUCUAAACUAGGGAGCUCACCUGACUCUGCACUAAUCUACACUAAACUUCAAUGAAGGAUAAAAUCAUGAACAUUGGCCAGGCAAAGCUCCUGCUCAAC